AUGGAGGAUACCCUGGGGCCCGAGUCCAAGUACAAGGUGGCGCCCAGCCUGGACAACCUGACCUGGCCCCUUACCGUGGACACGCUCAUCUUCGUGGUGGUCCUGCCCGCUGGCUGUGCCCUGCACGUGCCCCUGGACGACGUCGACGUAGUACUGGAGCCCGAGCCAGCGUCCGUGAGGCAAGUGUCUCUCGGAGAUCGCAUCCUCAUGCUGGUCCCUAAGGCCCUGGUGGGCUCGGGCAUCCAACACCCCUUGGGACAGGGCCUGGAACAGGCUGUCCCAGAGAUCUCCUGUCAAGAAGAGGCCAAAGAGGAGGAUGCGGACACGGAUGCUGAGUUCCUGCCACCUGGGAUGGAUGCCACAGCCGGCUCGGUUACUGGGCUCCGCCCUUCCCCUGGAAGUGUGCCUGGCUUCGACCUGUUGGGCCUAGUCUCAGAGCCGUCCCCUUGGACCCCCAACCCCAGUCCAGAGAGACGCUCUCACCACGACGACAACCUGGACUUGCACCUUCUGGAGCCCUUCACCGACUCACCGCUCCAACCUCUACCUCCCUCUCCAAGUCCAGGUCCUCACCAGCGUCCCCAGCGCCCUCAUGGUCCUCCACGCAAGAUCCGGAAAUGCCUGUUCCCUUAA